UAAUAUUUUUAUUUUUGCUAGUAUAGCAUGGCUGCUCAGAAGAAGGUCUCAGCUCAUCAGUUGCAUGCUGCUGAAGAAUAUUGCUUGAUGGAUCAUCUUGGCGCUUUGGACAUUGACUCACCCCCUAUUUACCCAAGACUCACAAGCAUCAUUUGUACAAUAGGUCCUGCUUCCAGAGAUGUAGAUGUCUUGGUUCAAAUGAUCAAAGCCGGAAUGAACAUUGUUCGAUUAAAUUUUUCUCACGGAACAUAUGAGUAUCAUGCUGGAACAAUUAAAAAUGCCAGAGAAGCUAUUAAAAGGGUAGCAGAAGAAGAAGGACUUGCAUCUUAUCCUGUAGCAAUUGCACUAGAUACCAAAGGACCAGAAAUCAGGACUGGAUUGCUUGAAGGAGGUGCAACAGCAGAAGUUGAAAUGGAGAAAGGUAAAAUGGUGAAAGUGACAACUAAUGAAGCAUAUUUAGAAAAAUGUUCUGCAGAAGUAAUCUAUGUUGAUUACAAGAACAUCACUAAAGUAGUCAGUGUUGGAAGCAGAAUUUACGUAGAUGAUGGUCUAAUAUCUCUCGUAGUUAAAUCAAUUGGAACUGAUUCUGUUGAAUGUGAAGUAGAAAAUGGUGGUUUGUUAGGAAGCAAAAAAGGUUGCAAUUUACCAGGGGCUGAAGUUGAUCUUCCUGCUGUAUCUGAAAAGGAUAAACAAGAUCUUUUGUUUGGAAUAGAGCAAGAUGUAGAUAUGGUAUUUGCUUCAUUUAUUAGGAAUGCAAAGGGUGUGAAGGAAAUUCGUGAAAUAUUAGGUGAGAAAGGAAAACAUAUUUUGAUUAUCCCCAAAAUAGAAAAUCAUGAAGGUGUUAAAAA